CUCCAACAGGCUCAGAGUUUGGUGGUGCCCUUUUGCAACACAUUCCCAAAAGGACUAGCGUUUUUUUUUUUGUGUGUGUGCGUGCUUUAUAACAAUCUUUUCCUGAGAGGAUUUACUUUUUUUUCUAACAGCAUGACAGAGAACAAGAAGAAAGAAAAGAAAGGGAAAAAGAGAGGAGGCAAUAAAGGACAAAAAGAGGGCAUUCCCACUACAGCAUCGGCUCCAAAGUUAAAACCCAUCAAGAUUCCAACAUUAGUGGAUGAGGGGAGCCCGCUGACAGUGAAGUGCGAGGCCACGGGGAACCCUGUCCCCACCUACAGGUGGUUCAAAGAUGGCAACGAGCUGAAGAAGAGCAGAAACAUUAAAAUAAAGAUUGCCAGGAAAUUCUCCAGAGUCCAAAUCAGCAAAGCAAAGCUGGAGGAUUCUGGGAAUUACACGUGUGUGGUGGAGAACCUGCUGGGGAGGGACAACUCCACUGGCACCGUCAACGUCCAAAGCAUAACCACAACGCUAUCUCCAGGCUCAGGCCACGCCAGAAAAUGCAAUGACACACAGAAGGCCUACUGUGUGAAUGGCGGCGACUGUUACUUCUACCACGGCGUAAAUCAUCUUUCCUGCAAAUGUCCGUCAGGAUUCUUCGGCAUGAGAUGCUCAGAGACUGAUCCACUGCGGUUGUCCGGGUUCAAUCCGUCUAAAAAAGCUGAGGAACUCUACCAGAAAAGAGUCCUGACAAUCACGGGUAUUUGUGUGGCUCUACUGGUGGUGGGCAUACUGUGUGUGGUCGCCUACUGCAAAACCAA